AUGAUGGUCACAUGCAGCAAAAAGAAGAAACUGAAGAAAGGUAGAAAGAGUAACUUUGAUGAAAUUCCUCAAGACCUAGUGAUGGAGAUUAUCUGGAGAUUGCCUGUGAAAUCGGUAGCUAGGUUUCGUCUAGUAUCCAAGUCAUGGGCAAGGAUCAUUAGCAGUCGAUAUUUUAUCAAAUCAUUCCCUGCUGGGUCUUGUUCGUCUCAGCCUCGUCUCCUAGUCUGUUUCACUAGUCCUGUUUCUGAUCUCUCAAGCCAAUAUUGCUACUUUUUCUCGUGGUCUUCGUCGUCAACAACUUUUCUGUCACGUGUCAAGUGUCCCACUGGAAAUCCUAAGUUCUAUAACUACCAUCAUUAUGCUAACGGCUUGAUAAGACUUGGAUAUGAUAAAAGAAAACUCAUAUGUAACCCUAGCACCGGUAAGUCCAUAACGUUACCAAGAGCCAGGGACAGAGUCUCCAGAAGUUUCUUCGGGUACGAUCCAGUUAAUGAUCAUCACAAAAUAUUACUCAUGACGAGAAACCUGCCUAACAACGGUCACGAAUCACCAUUUUAUGAAUAUCAAGUACUCACAUUGGGAGCUGAACAGUCUUCAUGGAGAAUGAUAGAAUGUAAUAUUCCCCACCGUUUUUGCUCUAACUCUCAUGUGUGCAUAGAUGGUGCUGUUUACUAUGUUGUUAAAACAGGCGCUGACUGGUCGCAAUGGAGCUUGAUGAAAUUCGAUCUGAGACAUGUUAAACCCAGCUGA